AGUCCUGUUUGUAAUAAACCCAUCUUUCACGCGCACGCUCUCUGGCGUCCUUCUGCUAGCAGAUAGGAAAGCUUUGCACCAUUUACACGUUUUUGUAGCAGGUGAAUGACAGGGAGAGUCAUUUUUAAGUCUCUGAACGUGAGUUUGAUAUGAUAGCUUGACGUCGUCUUUGGAGCCGCUUAGCUUGCGUCGCUAGUUGGGUUUAGCUGGGGAGGUCAGCCAUGUUCACCGAGCUCAACAGCAUCCUCAGCUCCUCUCCUGACUCCGUCACGCCGGGAGAAUUUAUCCUGGUUUCUGAUCGACAGAGCGACGCGUCUUUCCUUAUUCAUCACUUCCUUUCUUUCUACCUGCGCUCGCGAUGCAAAGUGAUUUUUCUGGGCUUGGUGCAGUCCUUUCGCCACUACAGCGCAGUGAGUCAAAGGCUGGGUGUCAGUUUAACGCAGGCAAAGGAGAAAGGUCAGCUGGUUUUCAUGGAGGGACUGAAGGAGUCUCUGUCUGUUCUGAUCCCACAAGCAGACAACACAGAAAGCCAAGCCAUGAACUUUCUCAGGGACCCUCCUGUCGGCCUGCGCAGCCUGUACGAGUUUGUCCGCUCCUGUGCGGUCGGCUCAGGCCGCGCGGAGGACGGAGCGGAGGAGUGGGGCCCACCUGUGCUGCUGGUGGACGACGUCAGCGUGCUGCUGAGUCUGGGCGUCGACGCUGGAGCCGUUCUGGACUUCAGCCAUUACUGCAGAGCUGCAGUCUGCUCCCAGAUGAAGGGGAACAUGGUGAUGUUGGUGCGCUGUAACGGGGAAGAGGAGGAGGAGGAGGAUGGAGAGGAAGGAGCCGAGGCGCUCCUGAAGGGCCUGACGCACCAGUGUAGUCUAAAUCUUCAUGUGCAGGGUCUUCCCACUGGCUACUGCAAGGACAUACAUGGCCAGGUGGAGGUUUGUUGGAAGAGGCGACAAGGCGAUGGACCUCACACGCAGAGAAACCUCUUUCAGUAUAAAGUUCAUGAUAAAGGAGCGUCGUUUUUUCCCCGCGGGACAUCCAGUGCUGUUCUUUAACCCCUCCAUUCAUUUUCUUUGCAUGGACUUUUCAAAAUCCGGAGACAUUACAGAUUUGACUGAACCUUCGCCUCUGUGCUGACUUUAGUCUAGUAGGAUGAUUCACUUUGCCUGCAGGAUGUUACCUGGGUUAUUCAGCUGGCGGUCUGGUUCCAGAUGGCUGUGUUGUUGGAUUUAUCUGAACACAACACAGAUUUCUGUAGAAGCCAGUGCUUAGUUACUUGAAAAAAAAAAAAUUUUUUUGUAUUGACAAGGUUUGCAAACAUGUACCAUCAAAUUCUGAAAGUCUUGUUGCUUCCAAAAGCAAAAAAAAA